AUGUCCGGCAACGACACCAACGGCGCUACGCCCAUGACCUCAAGCCAGUUCACGGAGCGUGAAAUCCAGAUCCUCGGUUGGGCCAUGCAGUCGCUCAAGUCGGGGCCUCCCGAUAUUGAUUACGAGAGGCUUGCCGGUUUCGCCGGUAUGAGCAACACGCGCUCUGCCUCCAAUGCUUGGUCCAAGAUCAAGAACAAGCUCAUGGUUGGUGAAGUCACCGUCUUAGCCAAACCCGCUGCAAAAGGUGUUGCGAAGAAGAAGGGCACGGCCAAGACCAAGUCCGAGGCAGUCGGUGAGGACGAUGGUGACGCCAACUGUGCCGUCGAUGAGCUUCCUAAGACCCCCAAAAAGACUCCCCGCAAGCGUACUGCGAAGAAGCAAGAAGUCGACGGCGACGCGGGCUCACCUUCACCAAAGAAGAAGGGACGCCCGGCCAAAGGCAAGAAGGCUGCCGAGGAGGCCGAGGUUGGUGAGGAGGCCGAUGACGGCCAAGAUCUCCGACUCACUACUGACAAUGCCGCCAAUGGUGAUGCCAUUGACGACGCCGAGAAACCUACUGAGAAGGAGACGUAA